GUUGACUGCUAGACCGUAUUGAACAACUGGUCAAAACAACGAAAGCCAUCUUAGGGGGCAUGCCAUCCAUCUUCGCAAAUCGCAGCUGCACCUUCCCGCGGUGACAAUUGUUGGUAUAUGAUCAGUAGCAAAACUGAUCACCGCCUUUGCUCCUUCUCCCAACCCAAUUCGAUUUGUACGCGACCAGUUACGACCAAACCAUGUCGGGAGUCAGGAACCUUCGCGCCAUGUUCGAGCAGAGGGGCGAGAACAACCCUCCAGAUAGGGGAAGAUCCCCCGGGUCUCCUUCGCCUACUGAUUCGCCUCGCCCCCUAUCAAAAGUUCGGACCACCUUCGUAGCAGUCGAGAAAGACGGUAUAUUGGGACUGAGACGACAACACAGCGGAGAUUCCGCCUCUGUGGAAAGCGGGAAAGAAAGUAUCGAGACCGAACCCAUCACCUCACAGCCAGUAUCAGAAAAACCGGACACUGUCAUGGAGAACAUGGCUAGGAACAUUUCUGCCUUGAAAUUAAAUCUCUCCCGGGAAGGCUCUGUCGACUCUCCCAGAAACUCGCCAAGACUAGCCCCAGCACCUCAGUUCUCCAUGAAGAAGGAUCUCGAGAGUCCCGGUCUAGCUCCGAAUCCGAACCCAGACAAGACAACAGACGAAGAAGACACGAAGGCUAAACUGCUACCGGCUGAUCCAACAGAAAAGGCAGCAAUAAGAGGGAAGGGUGUAACUUCACCAGGGAGUGCCAGUGGCCCAACGUCAAUUGGCAAGCCAAAGACUGCAGUUACGAAGGCAGCUCCCAAAACAGCUCCGAUCUCGAUCUCUGCUAAAUCCGUGUCAAGUGCGCCGAGGUCGCCUAACUUCACCAAAGCAGGUACCAGCACGCCGAAGGCAUCCGGCAGAUCUUCAAACUUGGCACCGAAGAAGGCAGUGUCUGCGCCUUCGAGCGAUCAUGAGGGCUCAAAGAAGUCUUCAAUUCCGGCCGCUGUCAGAACAAGCAAGAAGCCGGCACCAGUUGAGCUUCCUCCACUCAGCCUCCCAGGCAAUCUCUCUCACGAGCCUCGACCAACAGCCGUCUCAACGGACCUGCCAGCGCGCACAGGCCAUCUAGCAGAACGAGCGCUUCAGCCGUUGCCCCAAAGACCAAGGCCUUGAGGCGUCAGAGUUCGUCUGUUCCGCGACCACGUCCAAGCCUCGGGCCUCCACCGAAGCCAGUGUCUAAGGACCAUCCUGUUUCCAAAAAAGAAAGCAAUGUAGACGAGAGCUUUCUCGCUCGUAUGAUGCGACCAAC